AUGGUCAACCUCACCACUCAAAAGCGCCUGGCAGCUUCAGUCGCUCGCUGCGGAGAGCGCAAGAUUUGGCUGGACCCGAAUGAAAUCAGCGAAAUUUCAAAUGCCAACUCUCGACAGACUAUCCGCAAAUUAAUUGCCGAUGGUCUCAUCAUCAAAAAACCUGUCACAAUGCACUCCCGAUCUCGGGCAAGAGAGCUUGCUGCUGCACGCAAAUUAGGAAGACAUAGAGGUUUCGGUAAGCGAAAGGGUACAGCUGAUGCUCGUAUGCCUAGUCAGGUAGUGUGGAUGCGCCGUCUCCGCGUCCUUCGCCGCCUUCUUGUAAAAUAUCGUGCCAGUGGAAAGAUUGACAAGCACCUUUACCACGAACUUUACCACUUAAGCAAGGGUAAUACUUUCAAGCACAAGCGGGCAUUAGUCGAACAUAUCCAUCGCGCCAAGGCAGAGAAAGCACGAGAGAGAGUCUUGAAAGAAGAAAUGGACGCCAAGCGUGCAAAGACCAAAGCUGCUCGGGAGAGGAAACAAGAAAGAGCAUUACUUAAGCAACGGCAAUUGUAUGGCGAAGAGGAGCCAGCAGAGACUAAGUAA